AUGUCGAAUAAGAAGCCGCAAGCACCAGAGGUUGACAUGAGCCAAAUGGCGCUGGCCAAGAGUUCGGGCGAUCGCAUUAACACUAGUGUUGUUGUUCACCCCAUUGUGCUCCUUUCUAUUGUUGACCACUACAAUAGAGCGGCUAAGGGAACAGCUCGGCGUGUUGUUGGUACACUGUUGGGCCAAAUGCUGGAUGGCAAACUACAUGUUACCAACAGUUUUGCAUUGCCCUUUGAGGAGGACCUCAGAGACCCUCAAGUGUGGUUCGUUGAUCAUAACUACCAUGAGAAGAUGUAUGCUAUGUUCAAGAAAGUCUCCCAGAAGGAGGUGGUAGUAGGAUGGUAUUCCAGCGGCCCUAGGAUCAAACCCAGCGAUCUUGCGAUAAAUGAGAUCUUCCGACGGUACUGUCCAGAACCUGUAUUCCUCAUUAUGGAUGUUACAGGAGGCAACAGUACGGCUAAGAAGGGAGACCUUGAUCCGAGGGACUUCCCUAUGCAGGCAUACUACUCUGCUGAAGAGGCAUCUGCCGAUCCGCUCACUCGAAGGACUUUUAUUCAUCUCCCUUCUGUUGUUGGAGCCUUCGAGGCUGAGGAAGUUGGCGUUGAGCACUUGUUGCGGGACAUCAGGACGCAGAGUACGAGUACGCUGGCUACUCGAGUGGAGUCCAAGAUGAACGCUCUGAAGACCCUCGUGGUGAAGAUAAAUGAGAUUGCUCAAUAUCUGGGCCAAGUUGUUGAUGGGAAGCUGCCUCCAAAUGCCCAAAUCAUCUACAACCUUCAGAAUAUAUUCAAUUACUUGCCCGGCGACAAUCAGGAGGAUAUUGAACUGAUGCGUUCCUUCAAUGUGGAGACGAACGACAGCAUGUUGUGCAUCUACUUGGGUUCCAUACUACGGGCUACAAUCGCCUUGCAUAACCUUAUUAAUAACAAGAUCGCCAAUAAGGCACGCGAGGCUGAAGCGGAGGCAAAGGCUGAGGCGAAGGCUGACAGGACUGCCGCUAAAGACAAUAAGAAGCCGGCGGCAACAGCAGCGUGAAGAAA